CUUCAGGCAGGGCUUCUCCGCGCCGGGGUCGGCUAUAAAGGUCGUUACGAGCCAGUAACAGGAGCGAACCACUUGAACAUAUGCUCUAAAUCGUACACUGGGAAGCGUUAAAGGAUUAACUUCAGGAAUACCAUCAUGAAUGUCGGCCGGUUGGAUAUAAACACCGCUAUACGGAGCUGCGCAGUGCUGAUGUUACCGUAACGACGCCGUUGCUGUAUCAACACUGAGGUGCUCGCGCUGCUCCGAGCCUUCAGCUCGGCUUUAGCCGGAAGGCUAACCUCUCAGACAUUAGCUGCUCUGACGAGCUGGUUAUUUAUUUUAUUUUGCCUUGAAGGUUUUAAUUAGACAACCACGCUGACCGUGACGUAUGUUUUCAUGCGUGAAAACAUUGCAGCGUCCCGCAAACCCCAGUCUGUGGCGUGCCUGCUCAACCGAGCGGGAGUUGAACUCAGUAACCCGCCGGUAAUCAGGCAGAAUGACGGAAGCUGAAGGACACGGACAGGAAGACGGCUCCGCGCGCGCAUCGUUUCCUCCGCCGCUGUCACACCGAGAGAGAUUCCCGGUGCAGAAGAACAAUGUCUGUUCACGAUCAUACUUUGUAGUGGUCAUGGUGUUCUUCCACGUCUACAUCCUUAAUGUCAUUGCACUGUUACUGUAUGUGCACUACAACACCGGCUCGGACGCGGGCGGCUCCUCCAGCAGGGCGUUCAGCAGCCGGAGCAGCGCUCAGCAUGAAGCCGCAGAGCAGCCGCUCGCUCACACUGCCCUUCCCCGCAUCGAGGGAAUACGGGUUGGUCAUGUACAAAAAGUGUCUCUGGUGCCAGGAAAAGUGCAUGAGAUGAAGACCCUUAGUUUGAAGCCUUUGCUCUUUGAAAUUCCUGGUUUCCUCUCUGAGAGAGAGUGCGCAGUGGUGAUGCGUCUGGCUCAGCUGAAGGGCCUGGUGGAAAGUCAAGUCAUGGUGCCUGAGGGACAGGAAGAGCUCAGCCAGCAGCUCAACCUCAGUGCUGAAGAGAUCUUCCAUUUGCUUGACCUCAAUCAGGACGGCCAGCUGCAGCCACAGGAGAUUUUAACACAUUCCAGAGUGAGAGAUGGUAUCUGGCUGACUCCUGAGAGCCUCAGAGAGAUCUACGCUGGCCUCAAGGUGGACCAGGAUGGUAAUGGUAUCUUGAGUGUCGAGGAGUUUGGGCAGCUGAGCAGUGAUGCAUUCCAGCGCUUCCUAUACCAGCGGGGGGUAAACAGGAACCAGUUAGUGAGGAACAGCAGGCACACGUGGCUCUACCAGGGUCAGGGAGCACAUCAGGUCCUCAGAGAUCUCCGCAACAGGGUCACACAUUUAACAAGGCUUCCUUCUGCAUUGGUGGAGUUGAGUGAACCUCUUCAGGUAGUGCGCUAUGAGCAAGGUGGUCAUUACCAUGCUCAUCAUGACAGCGGGCCAGUUUACCCUGAGACAACCUGCACACACACUCACCUUACGGUCAACUCCUCCUCACCGUUCCAGACUUCCUGCAGGUACAUUACUGUACUGUUUUACCUGAACACAGUAGAGGAAGGAGGGGAAACCACCUUUCCUGUAGCAGACAACAGAACCUAUGAUGAAGUGUCCCUUAUACAAGGCGAUGUUGAUUUGAUGGACACGAGAAAGCACUGUGAUAAAGGGAACCUGAGAGUGAAGCCCACAAUGGGCAAGGCAGUGUUCUGGUACAACUAUCUGUCUGAUGGAAAUGGUUGGGUGGGUGAACAGGAUGAGUACGCACUACAUGGGGGCUGUGUUGUCACUCGAGGGGUAAAAUGGAUUGCCAACAACUGGAUCAAUGUUGACCCAGACUACCAACGGCAAGCCCGAACUUGCAGUACGCAUGCUCUUGCAGAUCCACAAACAGACAGAAGAAGGUCUGUAAACACAUACACAUGCAUAGCAUUCACACACCAAGGCAUGUACAAGCACAUACAGAAACACUGUGCUGGAACAUGCACUUGUAGACACACAAACAAUAAUAUGUAUGUAUGGACACAUCACACCUUUUUUUUAAAUAUAUAAUGUAAUAUAAGCAAGAUUUAUUGGGACAAAUGGAUAAAACUUUAAUAGUUGCAUAUGUGGUAUAUGGUACUCUGCACAGACACGAGUAUUGAACACUUCUGAAAUUAUGUUACUGGUAGAUUUGUUGCAUCUGCUCUGUAUGAGCACACAGAGAGAGAUGAGAGACAGGUUGAGCACAACCACCACUGAAAAUAGAGACAUGGCUUACUGUUCGGUCACAGAAACGAACUGAAACUGGUUCAUGUCUAAUGCUUUUUUACCUGACACAUUCUUUAAAAUCUUGUGUCGGUGCUUAUUAAAUCUAAUUUCUUUCCCCAGUGAUUGUGACCUAAUCAAUACAUUGCAUUUUUUCAGUAAUGGCCAGCUUUAUGUAGAUACAUGCACCUAUAAACACGUACACUGUGCUUAUUCAUGCAGGCAUACAUGCAUGCUUAUUAGAGGUGUAACGAUAUGCCAUAUCAUAUUAUUCGAUAUGAGGCUCUUGAUAUACAUUCUAAUGCACAGCGUUUUUUGUUUUGUUAUAUGCUGCUAAGAUUUUGAAUGGGUUACAC